AUUAUACGGAAGACUUUACGUAGUGUUCGCAAGCUCCUGUGUGCAGUGCUCAUGGACAAUCUGACAUUCACAAACAGCAUUCUCCUCGUGGAGGGGCUGAAAGUCACACCUCAGUCAUCUCAGCCUGUUUUCAUCAUGUUUCUCUUGGCUUAUAUCUUUGCAAUGGUAUCAAACAUAGGACUCAUAUUUCUCAUUUCAACAGAAAAGAAUCUGCACGAUCCUAUGCAUUUUUUGUUCUGUAACUUGCCACUGAAUGAUAUAAUGGGGACCACCGUCAUUAUGCCACGUUUACUUCAGGAUAUCUUAACUGAAGCCUCAGAGCGUUACAUAUCUUAUGCAGAAUGUGCUAUUCAAGCUUAUUUUGUCCAUGUAUUUACAGCAGCAUGUCACUAUGUGCUGAUGAUCAUGGCCUUUGACAGAUAUGUUGCUAUAUGUAAUCCUUUGAGAUAUACAGCAAUAAUGACCAAUAAAAUGGUUAUUGGACUCUCAGCACUUGCUUGGGGCUUGGCCAUUAUUUUCGUGACAAUUAUGGUAGGACUCUCUUUGCGCCUGUCUCGUUGUAGGUAUAAAAUUGAAAAUCCUUUCUGUGACAAUGCUUCAUUGUUUAAACUGUCCUGUGAAAAUGUGUCUGUUAAUAAUGUGUUUGGACUUGUUUACACUGUGAUUGUACUCAGUCUGUCAGCAUUAUCUAUAUUUGUAACGUAUGUCAAAAUUGCUACUGUAUGUGUAACCAGCAAGAACAAAGCACUCAACAGCAAAGCCAUAAAGACCUGCAGCACUCAUUUAGCUGUUUACUUAAUCAUGUUUGUAACUGGAGCCGUUUUUAUUUUCCUUCAUCGCUUUCCUGAAUACUCUGACAACAGGAAACUAGCUAGUAUAAUGUUUCACAUUGUACCACCAGGAUUGAAUCCCUUAGUAUAUGGUUUGCAAACCAAAGAGAUUAGACAGAAGGUUGUAAAACUCUGGUGCAGAAAGAAGUCAAUGAUAACAUAGUAGCACAGUUAAAAACAAUGUAUUUUAUAAAUGUGAAAUUUUACACAAAUAUUUCCCUAAGAUGAACUGUAGCACUCCAACAGUACAAAGUUUGUUCUGUACUCAUGCUAUUUUCAGUAUUUAUCAGAUAUUUAUUUGUGUGGGAGUUGUUUACGUCAAAUAUAAACUAUUUUAAAAAUAAGUUGUAUACACAUAUUAUCUGCAAAAGAAAAUAAAUUACAAAAAAAAAAAA